UGACAAGUGCGCCUCCCCCUCCGAACGCUGUUUGACACAUACCCAUCGUUGUAGGCUUCGCCUCUGGCAGUUUCUUUUUUUUAAAAAGGCAAGCUCAAAGCCACUGAUUACACAUUCUGCUCACACAAGCCUCUGUCUCGCUGCAGUUUGCGCGUAAACGGCACCGGGCACCAGUGCGGAGAGAGACACAUAUACGCGCGCGGCGUUUGGAUGUUUGAUGGUGUUUUGUGAAUGUAGUGGAGCAGCAGCAGCAGCAGCAGCAGCAGCAGGAUCUCUGUGGAUUUCAAGCAUCGGAUGCUGUGAUUUAUUUUUUUAUUUGUUGAUUUCCUUUGGAGGGGGGAGACUUGUGCAAUAACGCACCUGUGGAUGCACCAGCGUCAAACGCUCCCCUGAUGUUUGGACUCAAACCUUUUGGAAAGAAAUCAUCCACCACAACAUUUAGCUGAUAUACACUGCAGCUUUUUGCUUCUUCUUCUUUUGCUCAAACGCGGUGCUUCUUCUUCUUCUUCUUCUUUAAAAAAAAAAAAAAACAAAUUCAGGAGAGAAGCGCGACAUGCUGGCGAGCGUCUCCAUCCUGGUGCUUCUUCCCCUGCUGAGCAUCAGCAUCGGCGGCUGCGGCGCGUCGUACGUGCCGUGCGAGCCGUGCGACCAGAAGGCCCGGUCCAUGUGUCCGCCGGUGCCGGUGGGCUGCCAGCUGGUCAAGGAGCCCGGCUGUGGCUGCUGCCUGACGUGCGCGCUCGAGGAGGGCCAGCCGUGCGGCGUGUACACCGGGCCGUGCACGCGCGGGCUCCGCUGCCUGCCCAAGAACGGCGAGGAGAAGCCGCUGCACGCGCUGCUGCACGGCCGCGGAGUGUGCAGGAAUGAGAAGUUGUACAAACUGCUGCAUCCAAAAGACGACAGUCAGGACGGCGCCCUGCUCCCCGUCCCUGAGUCAGUGCUGCCCCAAACCAAGGUGCCCUUAUUUGGAAGGGACCACAUCAGCAGUCGCAAGGCCAAAGCCAUGAAGCAAGCCAAGGACCGGAAGAAGCAGCUGGCCCGACUGGGACCUGCCAGCAACCUGGACUUCUCCCCACUAAGCCUGGAUAAACUGGACCCUGAGUUCGGACCCUGCAGAAGGAGGUUGGAUAAUCUCAUUCAGAGCAUGAAAGACUCGUCUCGUGUCCUGGCGCUCUCUCUGUACAUUCCCAACUGUGACAAGAAGGGCUUUUUCAAGCGCAAACAGUGUAAGCCUUCUCGUGGCCGUAAGCGGGGUAUCUGCUGGUGCGUGGACCGGUUCGGCGUGAAAAUCCCUGGCAUCAACUACACUGGAGGAGACCUGCAGUGCAAAGACCUCGACAGCAGCAGCAACAGCAACCAAUGAGCCAGUCCAGCCCGCUGUGCUCGCCGAGCCCCGUUCUGCUAAAAAGAAGAAACCUGCCAAUCAAGCUAUAGCACACUUUAUGACUGCCAGUCAGGAGAAUACGGCACAAAUGCUCUUCUAUGGUCAGGUGUAAUGGACUGGGUUACUGUGUUUUGUUUUGUUUUGUUUUUCCCGAUGGGAGCCAAACUGACAAGCUUAGAUAAAAGUCUGCACAUCCCCACUGACCGUGUACUAUGUUUGAGGUUAGCUAACACCUCUUCUCUUUAUAUCUAUAGAUAAUAGAGAAUAUUAUAUAUAUGUAUGUAUAUAUAUAUAUAUAUAUAUAUAUAUAUUUAUAUAUAUACAUAUAUGUAUUGUAAUGAUAUAUGAUGUUGUGAGUCCGAGUCAGACGUGGCAAGAUCACGAGACAAAACAUUUUAAAUGUGGCUAAGAAUCUCUUUUUUGUUUGGUUUUAGUGAUAAAAAAACAACAAUUGGACAAUUUCAAGACACAUUUGAUGGGUGAGUUCUCAUUUAAAUGUAGUGAUUAUUAAUCUUGUGAAUUUUUUAAUAUAUUCUGCCUUUGAAUCGUCCCACUGACUCACACUAUUCUGAUUUACCUGGGGGGGUAAAUUAGCUAAUUUACUGUACCUGUGGGGUUCAUGCAUUGUGGGUGAAGAGAAGCAGAAUCAGGUCAUGUCAUUGCAACUUCAGCACAAUGGCUAUAAAAACAUUGUCCUAUAUUUACCACUUUUUGAGCCAAAUCAGUGGACACAGAGCUGACAGAAGCUUUACGGAAUAGUUUGAAAGUGUAGGCAAUGAUACAAUCCAUUAAACAUUUGGCCAAACUUACUUUAUUUAAGCUUUGCAUCAGUCUGUGCUCACAAGUGGAGAAAUUCAGCAUUAAAAUAUGAAAAAUCCAAUGAGCAAUUCAUUAAAAAAAAGAGCAUACUUGUGAUUUAAGAAAAUGUUUUAUUUUCACAGCUAGACAUGUAUUUUUGUUGUUGUUAUUGUUGUUGUUCUGAUUUUUAAAAAAGUUGUCCUCACAGUGCACUAAGCUCAUUUCUGCGCCACUAUUUAAGUCCUCUUCCACUCUUGCUCGUCCGCCUGGACGUUCACGAGUGAGAGCGCGUCGUAGUCGGGCAACUUGAAAACCCAAGUUUCAAUGAAAACCUUAGUCUGUAUAUGGAAAUGGUCGUUAGCCACAAGGGGGCGACUCCACUGGUUGCAAAAAAAAGAGUUAAUACUGUCAAUUGACAUCAAUUUUGUAAAUGAUGUUCCCAUUUAGAGGAAAAUAAAAGAUAAAUCAUGGCACUUA